AUGGAUAUCCCCCUAGACGAGCUUCAAUGGAAAUCUCCCGAGUGGAUCCAAGCGUUUGGGUUGCGGACGGAUAACGUGCUGGACUACUUCUCGGAAUCGCCCUUCUUCGACAAGACCUCUAACAACCAUGUUAUCAAGAUGCAGCGGCAGUUCUCGCAACUGCCCGUGGACGGCAUGCCACAGCCGCAGGGUCCCGGUGGGACCGCCCCAGACGGGUCGAAAUCGGCCACGCUGGGCGACUCGCAAGAGUUCUCGCACUUGGACCCGCUCCGCAGAGAGGUGCUGGGAAAGUACCCGCUGUACAUGACGAUGGAGCGGGAAUUGUGCAAGCUGCGGGGUGUUGAGUACGUCCUGGCGUGUGUGCGGGAGCCGGACUUCUGGGUGGUCAAGAAACAGCGGCGUUUAUCGCCGCGGCGGACGGAACCGAUGCAGGACUACUACAUCAUCGGCGCCAACGUGUACCAGUCCCCCAGCAUGUUCAAGAUACUCCAGAACCGGAUGAUGUCCGCUAGUUACCACCUGUCAAACACACUGAACGACCUGCAGAAACUGGUACACUUCCAACCUUCACAGGGAGUCCAAUUCAAGACGCAGAGCACCGCCACGGACGGGGCCGUCCAGGGAGCCACACAGGGGGCUGCUACAACGACACCCAUGCCGGGGACCGCACCAAACACGGCGCUCGGCCCUCUAUCGGCGGUCCCGACUACGGCAGCAGGGUCCGCCCAGACUGCGGGGAACACCUCGCCCUACGAGAACGGCACCCGCGAACUUAUCUCGAAGGAGAUGAUGGACAAGCUGAUGGCUACGAGCAUCAGGUCCCAACCGGAGUGCAUCCAGUAG